AAGUCACCCACCCUGACUGGUCUCAGGUCACGAACCACCGUCUCUUUGGGCAGUUUAUCGACACAUUUCUGGUUUGAAGCCUUAAUUGGGCUCAUUUCUGAACUGAGAUGGAGGCAGGAGGACCCCUUUUUUAUUUACAUGCUGCAUUAAUGAACAUUAUUCAGUGUUAGGUGGUUUGAGGUUGAAGAGAGGAGGAUGCUAUUAGUCCACCUCCCCCCUCCUCCUCCUCCCACAGCACGUAGUCUGGUUGAUUUCACUUUUCAUUUCACACACACCCCUCCUCCCUGAUCCUUCCUGCCGUCCAGGAGGAGACUCCCCAUCCCAGCACUGCGCUGGAACCAGGCGCUGCAUCCGCCCUGCUGCUGCUGCUCCUCCACCUCUCACACACGACAAACGGAUACUAUCGAAAUUUUAUGCAAAUUGUAUGUUUGCAACAACAUUAUGGCUGCAGAAAAGAUGUUUGGUCGCGUCUGAUGUCGAUUUUUCCACCUGAGAUUACCGCGAUGUUAAAGGCAGGGACGCUCCGGCUGGAUUAAAAAGGUGUAACUACAGGAAGCACUAGCAGGACUGGACCACAAACAGAGGCUUCAUUUUGGUGUCAGCAUGGCUGUGAACAUGAUGCCAGCUCCCGCCAUCUGGCCAGGGGAGGAACAACCGUCGCUGCUGGAUCAGGAGGGCUCUCUGUCGAGCCAAGCCCCCGUCUCCGUGCCGUGCCCGGAUGUCAGAGGUGAACAGCUCAUCCACAGCGGCAGCCCGGACAGCACGAGACCCCCCCGCAGCAAAUCCAAAGGAGAGCUAGUCAUAGUCAUCAACGAGAAACUGAAGAACAGUAACGGGAUCCACCCGGCGCCCGCGGACACCGCCUCUCCUGUCAUCUCCUCUCCUCCGAGAAGACAACACUCCAUCUCCUACCCCCAUCACAGCAAGACCAGGAAGGGAAGCAGGGCGAGCUCCAUCGGCUACACCGCCUUUUCGCCCAGGCCGUCGCUCUCUCGUCACUCCAGCAUCGCCACCAACCCACCCUUGGACCGGACCAAGGUUAAAGACUACCUCCUCCUGUCCGUGCUGGCCUGCUUCUGCCCUGUCUGGCCUAUCAACAUUGUGGGAUUUGUCUACUCAAUCAUGUCCAAGAACAGUCUCGAGCAGGGAAACCUGGAUGGCGCAGUGCGUCUGGGACGUGUGGCCAAGAUGCUCUCCAUGGUGUCACUAGUAGGAGGGACGGUCAUUAUCAUCGCCUGCAUUGUCAACCUGGCCAUAAAUGUGAAAACCUGAGUUUCAUCCCAGGAUGAAACUGGAUAAGGGAACUGACCGUCUGGCCCGCACCUGCACCACCGUCUUUACCGCCUAGUCAUUACCUGGAUGUGUGACAAAAAUGCACCCGAUAUUCAGUGCUUACUUAUAUUUCUGUAAUCUAUAUAAAUCCCUUUUGGCUAAUGGAGGAAAAUAAAAUAUGCAGAUAUUGCUGCUCUGAGUCGGGGGGUGGGAGGGGGGGGGGUUUAUCCGUCUGAUGUUAGAUGGAGAAGGGAGUCAGACUAAUCAGUCCCUUCGUAUCCUGGUCAAAGCACUCAGAACGAUUCUCGGUAUAAGACAUGACUCCUCAAGAACGCUACGAUCACUCGCAGAACUGACUCAGACAAGGUGGACUAUAAAAACAUGGGAGACCAGCAGAGGUGGUUACAAAAAGGUGACACAGGAAGGAUUGCCUCCCAGCUUCAGCGCCACAUGCAAGUCUCAACAAAAUGCACUGCAAAGUCCAUCCUUCACUGCACCGACGACAGGAUGCAUCAGUUUGCUAUUAAAUCCCCUCGGACACGCGGAGAGAGAGAGAGGCUCUGGGAUUAGUGUUGCAGAAAUCCAUCCCUCAAAGAGAAGAAACACUUUCAAUCACAACGUUUUCCUUGUUUCAGACUCUUUCUGUGAUUUUCAUGACUCCUGCCAUACAUCUUGUGUUAGAGAGCAAGCGUACGGGUGGCAAAAGAGGCUUACCAAGGACUAGCUAUGGGUGCUAAAAUGGAAGGGAUUAUGGAAAGUCUUGCACAGAAGGCACACUUUAUCACUGCAAGAAGGGGGAAAAAAAGUGCCAAAAAAAGAAUUCAGGAAAGUUUCUUGCUUUGUGAGGUCCCACCUCUGAUCGCAGAAUUGUUGUUGCAGAGGGGGAACAUCAAAAGUGCAACUGCAACUUCACACUUGUUCGACACCACUAACCAAUGUGAUCCAGAGAAAAAAGGGUACAAGAGAAAGAAGCAGCAAGAUACUUAAAACAUUCAUUUUACAGUAGAGGCUAAUUACGCCACGUCACCUAUAACCUAUCUUUUGAUAACGUUUGUAAAAGAUCAUUUUGGAAAAAGGAAAUUUUGAACCACUAAUUUCAUAAUGUGAUGCUGUUUGAAGUACUGUGCCACAGCUGACAGAUGGUGGUAGUAUCGUGUGCAUAUGGGCAUCACUAUAUUUGAUUAACAAAUUAAAUAGCUUGUGAUUGCAGUCAAAGUUGUGGACCAGCAUCCACAGAUCCCUUCAAACUAGACUGAUUCUUUUAAAAGAUGUAUUCAAAUCACAGCUGAUUCUUACCCUUUAUAAAUCCUACACUCCCUUUUUGUUGUCACAAACAGUCGGAUGCUGUCUUUUGCUGGAUUAUUUGUAAAAACACUGGUUCAGAAAUGGUUUAUUGGUGUGAGAUAUGAAUAGCAGUGUGGUAGCUUAACUUUUCAAAACUAAUUUCUAAAUCUGAUUUAUUAUUGUAUCCUCAAACUAACCUCCAAUCUGUCUCACUGUGAUCUGAAACAACUGGGUUUCAUUCAAGACUGGAUUAAAUUCUCUUAAUUUAUUAUCUGUAUUAAACUGGAUUCCAAAUUUUGUACAGAAAUGGCUCAACUCCUGAGCCUCAUCAGUCCACACCUGCAGCCAAUUUUCUGUUAUGAUUAUUAAUAUGGCGUUUUUCCCUCUGUUACUACUUAAUGUGUAAAUUUAAUUGUAAUCAACAGUUGGUGUACUCUGCUGAUAUAAAUCUCAAUAUUGUGAUAAUUCUCUAGUUUAUGAGUUAGCAUUAAGUAGUCAUAAUCUAACGUAGGCACAGAAACUGUCAGCUAGCCUCCUGACAGUCGUUGUAUUACCACCGGGCUACUAUAAUAUUUGUGGUUAUUGGCAUGCUGUGGCAUUUUUAUUCAUGUAUGAUGAUGAUAGAAGUUGAAAAUGACAAGAUAAGCUGGCACUUGGAAUAUUAUACUUCUGCGGCACAUUCAUAAUAAAGACACAAUGCAUGUGAAA